UGAAAUGGAUUGUGAAGUAUUGAUUUUUUUGAAAACUAUCCUGUAAAAUGAAAAGUUGCGCUAAUUGCUCAAAUAGGUUAGCAAUCACAGUAAUGUUAUUAUUGUUUUGUUGUAUAUCAAAUGUAUUAGAUGUAUUUGCAGGAGAUUUUCCUUUAUUGAUAUUAGUUUCAAUCGGAUCUUUGUCUAUAAAUGUAAUACCUUUAUUUAUUUAUUUAUAUUAUGUGAAGUUAGGAUAGACAAACAACCAGGAUAUAUACCCUCGAAAGGGAGUUAAUCCUACUUCUUGCUAUCAUCCAUUCUAGAACAGACCCGAACUUCUAUUUAAAUGGUAACCAGAUAUCUCCUGUGCUAUGACCAACAUAGGAAUGACAUAUGAUGAACAAAAUAAAAAGGGGAGUUCUAAUCUAUCAUCCGUAUUUUUCUUUUAACCAA